CUUAGUGCUACGUCCAUGUAGUUUGCUUAACCACUUUACUCUAAUUUUUUAUCAGUUACUCGAUUUAUUGCGAAAAAGUAGACAGCAAUCGUAUAUCCCACAACCGUGAAACCUCUUUCGUUCUCGGCAAAAUCUUCAGAGUGAAUUUUUCAAACCUCAAAACCGUCUUUUCAUCGACCGUUGAAUUCAGUAACCGGUUUCUGACGCAACGCACGCGCAAUACAAAAAGAUGCCAGGAAGCACUGUUCGGAAGCCAUUGUCAUCCUAUCGGUAGCAGUCAGCAGUUGAAGUCAAAGCAACGAAAAGGGAAGUCAUUCUUCUUUCCCGAAGCUCCGGUAACAGCUGGAGGUUGCUGGAGUUUCUUCAGCAUUAACAACAUAAAAGUGUAAAGUGAUUUCAACUAUGUGUCAUUGAAAGUAGUAAAUUUUCAUAACCUAAGUCGCGCUGAAUUCUCGCAAAAAUGUUUUCGCUCGUAAGUUUUCUCCUCGUCGGUUUUAUUGCCGACGCCGUUUUCGCCUACUCACUAAGGUCGCCAGACCUCCUAAACGAAGACUUCAUCCUGCCGAAGUAUACACAUUAUGAGGAACUAAGGAAUCUUCUAAACAACCUUGUCAAAACAUAUCCGGACCUCGCAAAAGUCCACUCGAUCGGCAAAUCCGUUGAGGGCAGGGACCUCCUCGUUCUGGAGAUCUCGAAAAAUGUGAGGCAUCGUGACCUUGGCGAGCCGAUGGUCAAAUAUGUCGCGAAUAUGCAUGGCGAUGAAUCCGUUGGGAGAGAACUUCUCAUUUAUCUAGCUCAGUAUCUUUUGCACAAUUAUGGGAAGGAUCGAAGAGUCUCAAAACUCGUCAAUAGGACAGACAUUUUUCUGAUGCCCUCCAUGAAUCCAGAUGGCUUCGAAAAAUCGGAGGAGGGUCUCUGCGGUUCAAAGGGGGACUAUAUCGGUAGAGAAAACGCAAAUCACGUGGAUCUUAAUCGAGAUUUUCCAGACCAAUUUGACAGAAGUUUGAAUAGUUUUGGGGGUGGCCAUGACAUAAUAGAUGGAAGACAAAAUGAGACCAUCGCUAUGAUGACUUGGAUAGCGACGGAGCCCUUUGUUUUAUCUGGCAAUUUUCAUGGAGGUACUGUUGUUGCCAGCUAUCCUUAUGAUUCUGGUAUUUCUAAAAGCUGUUGCAUAGAAAGCAAGUCUCCAGAUGAUGCGCUUUUUAAGCACCUUGCUCAUACUUAUGCCGAUCAUCAUCCCACGAUGCGGGAAGGAAACUCUUGCCCACCAGAACGUUUCCCCGGUGGAGUCACCAAUGGUGCUUACUGGUACGAAGUAAAAGGAGGGAUGCAGGACUUUAAUUAUGCUAAAUCAAAUGCUUUCGAGAUAACAUUUGAAGUAAGCUGUUGCAAGUACCCAGAAGCGUCUGCAAUGCCUGAACACUGGAAUUUGAACAAAGAGUCUCUCCUUAAGUACCUCGAGCAAGCACACAUUGGGAUCAAAGGGUUGGUCGCAGACGAAGAGGGGCAACCGAUUGAAGCAGCCAACAUUGUCAUCUCAGGAAUCCAUCAUAAUGUUUCGACUACCAGCCGCGGGGAAUAUUGGCGUCUCUUGCUCCCUGGAACCUACACUGUUUAUGCAACCGCAUGGGGUUACGGACCCAGCAAGCCAGUGGUUGUAUCCGUCGAUGAAGGUGACGCAAUAAUAGUAAAUUUCACUCUGAAGCGCGAGCCAUUUGCCGCACAAGCUCAGCAUCUCUCUAGAAAGCUCUUGUCAAAUAUAACGAGGCCACGAGAUGAGUAUGGAUUUCACCACCACACUGAAUUUGUGCAUCACAACUACGUCCAAAUGAAAGAAUUCCUGCAUGAUUUGAACGAAAAUUAUCCAAAACUUACGAGACUUUACAGUAUAGGUCAAUCGGUUCAAGGCCGAGAACUAUACGUCAUGGAAGUAACGAAAAAUCCUGGUAAACAUAAUCCCAGCAAACCCGAGAUGAAGUACAUCGGAAACAUGCAUGGAAACGAAGUAGUUGGAAGAGAAAUUCUUUUACUGUUGUUAAAGUAUCUGUGCGAGAAUUAUAAGAAUGAUGAAAGAGUUACUCGGAUACUGGAUACCGUUAGACUGCAUGUGAUGCCCAGCAUGAAUCCAGACGGAUAUGAAAUUUCCCGAGUUGGUGAUAUUGACGGGGUAGUAGGCAGAACAAAUGCGCACCACGUUGACCUUAAUCGGAAUUUUCCCGAUCAGUAUCGAAGCACAAAAGACAACGUGAAACCAGAACCGGAGACAGAAGCGGUAAUGAAAUGGAUAUCAGAAAUUCCAUUUGUCCUGUCCGCCAACCUUCAUGGUGGUGCUUUAGUAGCGAACUAUCCGUACGAUGAUUAUCCCUAUGGUGUUACGGGUGGCGUUAACUUAAGUCCAGACAAUGAGGUUUUCAAAAUUAUAUCUUUAGUUUACUCGAAAACUCACCCUAGGAUGCACAUUGGUCGUGGUUGCCCUCCAUUCCCUGGAACAGCAGGAGGGGGCGUCCUCCAAGACUCAUUUAAAGAUGGAGUCACAAAUGGCGCUGCAUGGUAUUCUGUGCCUGGAGGGAUGCAGGAUUACAACUAUCUCAAGAGCAAUGCCUUCGAGAUAACGCUGGAGUUGGGAUGUACUAAAUUUCCGACUGCGGAUAAAUUACCCCAGUUUUGGCUGGAAAAUAGAGAACCACUUUUGGCCUUCAUCGAAAUGGCUAGGAAGGGUGUCCACGGAUCAGUUCAUUCUUCAAUUGGUGGAAAAAUUGCACGCGCAAGCAUCUCCGUAAAAGGAAUUGAUCAUGUCAUUUACUCAGCCGAGGAUGGAGACUACUGGCGAAUUUUGAUUCCAGGUACUUAUAAUAUUACAGCCUCUGCUCCUGGAUAUGAAGCUGAGACCCGAAUUGUUACUGUUCCUGCAGAUUCUUCAGAACUUCCUGGUGAAGUCACACUUGACUUUACUCUAAUGCGAGAUGAUUCCUCUCACUGGUCUUCUGCUCAUGACUUCCGCCUUAUGGCGAAUUUGGGAAUAGGAUAUCUAAAAAAUAAUGAACUGAAUGCCAGAAUAAAGCAAUUGGAACUACGUCACGAAAACGUUGCCGAAUAUAGAGUGAAUGAUUCUGCAAUAACUACUGCUAUCCAUUCUUUGAAAUUGACUGAAAACGUUGGUUCUCCGGAAGAAAACAAAUUACAUAUCGGACUAGUGGGUGGAUUAUUCGCCACUCAGCCAGCCGGAAGAGAGAUUUGGCUGCGGAUAGCGACUCAUAUUUUGAUGGGCUAUGAUAUUGGUGAGCCACCCAUUAAAAAACUUUUAGCCAACGCAGUAUUGCAUUUUUUACCCGGCGUUGAUCCAGGGUUUGAGAAAGUACCCGAAACUUGCAAUCACGAACUUAAUGACGAAGUGGGUCAGAAUAUAGUAGCGAGUGAAAACAAGACAUAUGAAAUUGAUUCAAUUACAAAAGCUUUUAAAAAACUAUUAAAGACUGAAAAAUUAGAUGCCUUGGUUAUUCUCGGUGGCGGUUCUGCUGAAGUUGGGUACACGGACGAUAACUUAAAAGUCUACAAAACUCUUUCUAAUAAGUUUAAAGAUUCUGUCGCCCUGAAAAUAUGUGAAGAGAGGAGUAACGGACUUGCUAUUGCUAGAGAAUAUAUCAAGAAUAAGUUUAAUGUUCCUGUGAUAACGAUCUCGCUUUCCUGCUGCAAAUACCCUCCAGGAAAUACGAUUCCAAUCCUUUGGCGAGAGAAUCUACAACCAUUGAUGGAGCUUCUUCAGUCGCUAGUGACGGGAGUUCGAGCCAUUGUGCAAAACAAAGCCGGAGAACCACUUCGCAAUGCUAAAGUUCAAAUAGGCGAUGAAACCUACAAAGUUUCCAAGAACAUGGCAUAUUUCCUCUUAACUCUCCUCCCUGGAGACUAUACACUGAUCUUUUCAUCCGAAGGUUAUGAGAAGCAGACAGUAGCUCUCCACGUAAAUGAUAACGAGGUCAGCAAUUUGAAAGUAAUUUUAAAACAAUCAGCAUUAUCAACAUCCACAAAGUCAAGCGCAGAUAUUCCGAGCGAAACUGCAGUAAUUCUCAAAAGCCUUAACGCUCAAUAUCCCCGAAUUACAGAAUAUAAGAGUAUCGGAAGAACCUCAGCGGGAAAUCAAAUGAAUAGUUUCAGAAUCUCUGUAUCGAAGCAGGAUAAAAUCACGAAACCCUCCAUAGCUUUCUUCUCAGGAAUCGGUCCCGGAGAUCCGCUCACUUCCAAAGUUCUUACUUAUUUAGCGACUUAUAUUCUCGAAAAUCGUGAGAAAAGUAAACGAAUGACGAAUUUUCUGCAGAAAGUGGAUCUCUACUUCCUUCCCGAGGUUUAUUAUAUUGCUGAGAAAAAACCUAGCUGCUCAGGAGUUUCUGAAAACGAUUUAAGAUUUGCAGACCCACUUAAUAAAGAUGCUCAAAUGAUUAUAGACUGGCUAGGGGAGGUCAAUCCAAUUUUGUCGGUGAAUCUGAAAACUGGAGAUCGGAAAAUCAAUAUCCCAUCUAGUAAUGAAUCUGAGGAGAUUUUGAAGGAUUUGGCAUCCGAUUACAACAAGCACAAUCCUGCAAUGAAUUCAAAAUGCACAGAGAAAGAAAGCAACAACCAAGAUGCUGCCAAAGAUUCUCUAAUGAACUAUGCUUACCUUAAUGCGAAUUCGCUAUUCAUGGAUAUUUCUGUGAGCUGUUGUAACACAGAUAGUGCCGAAACCGUUUGGAAAGAUAAUAAGGAGAGUCUCUUAGUUUUGAUUAGUGGAGCGAACAGGGGUGUUUCUGGUUUUGUGGUGAAUGAGAAGGGCGAAGCACUUCAAGACGUAAUUUUCUCUCAUGAUUCGUCAUCCCAUCACGUUAAAAGUUUAAAAAACGGUGCUUUCUGGAUUUUACUACCGUUCGGGCCCCAUGUAAUUACAGCUAGCACCCCGGGCCACAUUGAAGAGACGAAAUUAAUCACUCUUCCAGAACUUUUCAAGUUCACUUCUAUGAAGUUCCAGCUUCAGCAAGACAAAAACGUCAUGGGAAUGCCAAGACUUGCUUUCGUCUUUGUAGCAGGAACAGUAGGAUUUGCGUUGGUUGUACUUAUCAUUUUAAUUUUCAUGAAGUACCAGUCGUACCUGAAAGAGAAAAGAACCAACAGGAGAUCAUAUUUAUUCCGUCCAAUUCCCACUGGAACGAGUUUCUUCGAUGACGAUGAAAAAGAAGUGGAGAUAUUUAAGAGGCCUACAGUCGAUAGUGAUAAAUAUUCUUAAUUCCAAAUGACUGUUUGGUAUUUUCAACCAGUUUUACUAUUUAUACAGUAGUUUUAUUUACACAAUAAUUUUUAUUAAAAAAUAUAUUUUUUAA